CGAAUGUUGCCGGAAAUGACGAUUCCGCUGGGCGACAUGGCGGAGGAGGUGGAUGUAGAUAUUGAAGGAGAUGAAGCUGAGCCUAACCUGGGUGAGGACAGUGGUACAGUUCCCGGAUUCCUGCAUGACCACUAUUUGGAUUCCUCCUGGAGAAGUAACAGUGGCAUUUUGUCCUGGACUUUGGACAGUUCUCUCAGUGAGGAGAAUAGAGCAGUUAUUGAGAAGAUGUUACAAGAGGAAGAGUACUACCUAACUGGGAAAAAAUAUCCACAAAGCAGCUGGUCUGAUCACCCAGAAAAAGGAAAAGUAUCUGUGAAAAGUAUUCGUCAAAAGAAAACUGUGAAAAGUCGGAGUCUUGCAACAGCAAGCACUUCUUGGCCAGCCCGAUGGACACCAAGGGAAAAAGAUCUUUUUGAACAAGGGCUGGCCCAAUUUGGUCGACGAUGGACAAAAAUUGCAAAGCUGAUUGAAUCGCGGACAGUGCUGCAGGUGAAAAGUUAUGCCAGACAGUAUUUCAAGAGCAAGGCAAAAGCUGAAAGCCCUGUGAUAGAGCCAAAUAUCUGGACUCCUAAAGCAACAGUAACUUCUGAAAAUGGAGCUGGACAUUUGAAGAUAGGACUAGAGCCUUACAGCACUACAGCAUCACAAGGUCAAGCUUUUCUCACUGUUAACACUGUUAAGAUUGAGCAUUUGACUGAUGAUGAAGAUGUGGAUGUCUUGGAUGAAACAGAUAGUGACUGUGAUGGAAUUCAUAAGCAGAAAGAAGCAAAAGCUCAGUUUGAUUCAAAGACAGAUGAACCCAAGGCGAAUAGCCACAGUGACAGUGUUUUUGAACUAGAUGAAUCCCUGCUUAUUUCUUCCACUCCUGCUAUGACCUUGCAAAAAUGUUAUCAGAUAUCAGACACACAGGAAAUAUCCAACAAUAGUAACACAAAUGGUAGCAAUACUGACAGCAUAAAGUCCAUGAUUGAUGAGAGUAAAGAAAAUGAAACACCAUUAAAAGCAGCAAAGGAAGACACAAAUUGUGAACCUGCUCCUGAUGCAAUGAGUGAAAAAUUAGCAAAGCAAGUACCAGAAUUUCUAGAAUUUAAUCAUUUAGAAGAAAAGGAGGAAUCUCAAAAUGAUAUCUGUGCAUAUAGUGUGGCAGAUUCAGUUUGUGAAACGGAAGUGGAUGAAGAGAACUGUGACAGUGAAGAAGGAGAGAUAUUGAAACUCCCUAUACAAGAAGUUGUACUAGACAGAAAUAUGAUCACAGAAGAUGAGAAGCAAGCUAUUCCUGAGUUUUUUGAAGGACGAGCAUCAAAAACACCUGAACGUUUUCUAAAAAUACGCAACUACAUCUUGGAUCAGUGGGACAAAUGUAAACCUAAAUAUUUGAAUAAAACAUCAGUGCGUCCAGGUCUGAAAAAUUGUGGAGAUGUCAAUUGCAUUGGACGGAUACAUACAUAUUUGGAACUAAUUGGAGCGAUAAAUUUUGGUUGUGAGCAAGCAGUAUAUAAUCGACCACGACCUGCGGAUCGAACCCGCAAUAGAGAAGAGGGGAAGGACAGUGUACAGACAUACGUCCUUGCUCAGAGAUUACAAUCAAUGCGUACCAGAAAGCGCCGUGUGCGCGAUUCUUGGGGUAACUGGUGUGAUGCUAAGGAUCUGGAGGGGCAAACGUUUGAGCAUCUCACAGCAGAAGAACUGGCCAAAAGGCACAAGGAAGUAUUGAACAGGCCUCCAAAACCAGCAAGAGCAUUGCGUCAUUCAAAGAGCACUUUAGAUCCUUUCCAGCUGAUCCCAUGUCUCUGCUUCAAUGAAGACAAACUGGAGCCAUUUCAGGUGAAGGUAGCUGCAGAGGCAUUGCUUGUGAUGGAUAUGCAUGCCCAUGUGUCCAUGGCAGAAGUGAUUGGCCUAUUAGGCGGGAGAUAUUCUUCAGGAAAGAAAAUAUUAGAGAUCUUUGUUGCAGAGCCAUGCAACAGCCUAAGCACAGGACUUCAGUGUGAAAUGGAUCCGGUGUCACAAACCCAAGCUUCAGAGGCUCUAGCUGGACGAGGAUACAGCAUUGUUGGAUGGUACCAUUCACACCCUGCUUUUGAUCCUAAUCCAUCUUUAAGGGACAUCGAUACCCAAGCAAAGUAUCAGAAUUACUUUUCACGCGGAGGAACACAAUUUGUUGGAAUGAUCAUCAGUCCGUACAAUAUUUGCAACUCUUUGCCUUAUUCCCAGGUCACGUGUCUUAUAGUUAGUGAAGAACUCAGUGCAGAUGGCAGUUUCCGCCUUCCAUAUAAAUGUGAGUUGAAGCAGUUGAGUGAAGAACCUCUGUGGGUACGGUUGAUAGAUAAAGCACGCUGGAUAAUGGAGAAGUACAAGCUAUCCCUUAGUAGUGUGCCAAUGCUUCGAAUGUUUCAUAGACAUUCCAACUUAACAUGUCUGCAGAAGCUGCUUGAAUCCAUGCGGAAAACAUUGGAAAAUCAGUGGAAUACUGCAGUCACUGAAGAGUUUCUGGCCCAGAUUGAAGAUUUGUUCCUUUCAGGUUAUACUGUUGACAACAGGAGCAGUAAAUUUGAAACUAUUGCUGAGCUUCCAGUAGAAUCCAGUAAUUAAUUCCUUCUGCAUGUAUUUGUACGAUAUUAGUGUAUGAUAUUUCACUUUCAAAAAUCUAAUGGCAUUUUUAGAAAGAUGGCCCAAUGUUGUAGUGAGAGAGCCAGUGGAAUAUUUAGUACAAUUUGGCUUGUUUGUAAAGGAAAAUAAAUAACAGAGGAAGUCCAUGAUUUUUCCCUGAGAUACAGCAGUUUUUUGAAGAUUACCUACUAAGAAUUUCUUUAACAUUUUAAAAAGCAUGCAGUUUUUCCUGCUGUACUGGAGUAUUAUUACAGCAAUUUAAGUUGUUUAUGGGGCUGUUGAAAAGAAAUUCAAAUAGAAACAGCAGGUGCUACAAUUUAAAACUGUUUUCACUGCUUCUGGAUAGUUACUGGAGCCUGGGAUCCAAGCAAGAAAAUCUACAUCAAAGGUGUCUUUUGUCUUCUCAGAUUUCACCAACUUUCAUAUUUUGCAGUUGAGCGUGGCCUUCCAUUUUUGUUAAGUAGAACAUCAUAGUUACUGUAACUGAGGUUUCAACAAUGAUCUUGGUGGCACAAGUAAGGCUGCAUUUAUAGACAAUAGACAAUAGGUGCAGGAGUAGGCCAUUCAGCCCUUCGAGCCAGCACCGCCAUUCAAUGUGAUCAUGGCUGAUCAUCCACAAUCAGUACCCCGUUCUUGCUUUCUCCCCAUAUCCCUUGACUCCGCUAUCUUUAAGAGCCCUAUCUAACUCUUUCUUGAAAGCAUCCAGAGAAUUGGCCUCCACUGCCUUCUGAGGCAGAGCAUUCCAUAGAUCCACAACUCUCUGGGUGAAAAUUUUUUUCCUGAACUCUGUUCUAAAUGGCCUACCCCUUAUUCUUAAACUGUGGCCUCUGGUUCUGGACGCCCCCAACAUCGGGAACAUGUUUCCUGCCUCUAGCGUGUCCAAUCCCUUAAUAAUCUUAUAUGUUUCAAUCAGGUCCCCUCUCAGCCUUCUAAAUUCCAGUGUGUACAAACCCAGUCGCUCCAAUCUUUCAACAUAUGACAGUUCCGCCAUCCCGGGAAUCAACCUCGUGAACCUACACUGCACUCCCUCAAUAACAAGAAUGUCCUUCCUCAAAUUUGGAGACCAAAACUGAACACAAUACUCCAGGUGUGGUCUCACCAGGGCCCUGAACACCUGCAGAAGGACCUUUUCGCUGCUAUACUCAACUCCACUUGUUAUGAAGGCCAACAUUAGUUUUCUUCACUGCCUGGUGUACCUGCAUCCUUACUUUCAGUGACUGAUGAACAAGGACACCUAGACACCUAGGACACCUAAAUUAUUUUAAAAGGAAUGAAGAAUUUAACAGUAACACAUAUAAAAUUCUGGAGGAACAGCAGAUCAGAUAGUAUCUAUAGAAAAUAAUAAAUAUUCAACGUUUCCAGCCUAGACCCUUCAUCAGGACUUGAAACAUCGACUGUUUAUUCUUUCCAUAGAUGCUGCCCUGCUGUAUUUGUCACCCUGGACUUCCAGCAUCUGCAAAUUCACUCGUGUUUAUAAAGAGUUUAAGGAGCAUUUCCAAAAAGUUUCUGUGCAGCAAUCUUGCAUUCAGAGUUUCUCUGGUAUGCUCUAAACAGCAUCAUUUUCUCUUGCAAUGCCAGACCAAAGGUAUUGUUUUGAAAUAUGAUAUGUGACAUCUGGCUUAUAAGCCUCAGGUUUUAGCUAAUACAGUGACAUGUGGACUCCUGUUCCUGAAAUCUGGACUGUGAGCAGAAGUGCAAAUUUUAUUUCAUUAUUUAUAUACUGAUCUGAAGUGGCAGUUAAAUGCUUAUUCAGAACUGAUCAUCUUUCCUAUCUGUUUCCCUAAAACCAUAAAAAGUCAUGAUGCUUUUUAUUUUCCUCCUACUUCUGUGCUUUAAAAAGAAAGGAGAAUACUAUUUCCAGUAAUGUCAAAGGAUAUUCGGAGUUCCAGGGUUAAGAAGGAAGUAACAGUUGAAAUAAUAAAUAUGGCAGGCUGCAUAGAAGGUGUUUGAUACCAAAGUCAGGUGGUUAGUCUCUGCUUGGAUUAACAAUUUAUUGAUAAACUCAGUUGAAACCAUUUAUUGCAAAAUAAUCAAAACCCCUUUCACCAGGUAAAAUAUUACAUAUUGUAUAUAACAUUGUAUUAGUGUUUGCAAUGGCGGAGAGAGUGUUCCCUGGAAAUUUAAGAAUAUUUUAGGUGUCCCAUGGUGUUGGAUGCACCUUUAAUAAUCCUGGUGGAGGUAACUGCUUUAUGAGGCAGAUAAAUUCAUCAUCAGUGGGUAUCACAUAAACUAGUAGUGUAUUUUCUUGGUAUAGCCGUAGUAAUUCUGUCACAGUUGUUAAUCAAGUUGUCUGAUGGCAGUGUUUCCUAUGCAUACCAGUUGUUAACACAGACAUCUGCUGCCUUCAAAGAAGCAACCACAAUGUAAAUUAAAGAUAAUGUAACUUCUAAACAAUUGAUUUAGAGAUUGCAUUUUAUGAUCCUGUUAUUUAUUACUGCUUCAUUAGGAAAUCCCUUUGAUUACUGGAAUCAGUAUGAAUUAUUAUAACUUGGAAGCACGCUUUAGAAUCAGCAAGUUGACAAUUCCCUGUUUAUUUUAGGUCAUGUGAGAGAAAAUUCUUCACAUUCGUUACCUGUUUAAUUAUAUUUUUGGCAUGAGAACCAUGGUGGUGGGUCUUCAUUUAGCCAUCUUGUAUAGAAAUCUAUCCAGGGUCUUUUAAGAGAAUCCUGGAUAGGUACAUGGAGCUUAGAAAAAUAGAGGGCUAUGGGGAACCCUAGGUAAUUUCUAAGUAAAUACAUGUUUUGCACAACAUUGUGGGCAGAAGGGCCUGUAUUGUGCUGUAUGUUUUCUAUGUUUCUAUGUAACUUGGACUGUUCUUCUAAAUUAAGAAAUCAUGACAUUUUAUAUAACAAAGAUGACUGGAGUGAGCAAAUGCACUUUGUUGCAGCUAGAACAAUUUGUGUACAGUCGUGAUAGCUGUACCUUCAGCAAUUCCUUCCCCACCUCCUACCCCCUUUAAUGUUGCUUGAGCUACUUAGUUCCUGCAGCAGGUCAUUGCUUCUGAUUCCAAUACUGCAGUCCAUUGUUUCUGUACAACAAAAAUGUCGUGUGUAUAAAGAUUAGAUCUUCUCCAAGCUUCUUCUAAAAUCUAAAGAAAACUGCAUUUUUUUUUUUUUUUGGUGCAGUUUAUUGGUGAGCAUGGAAUGUCUUCAGUGUUUUGAUUGGAACAUCCAGCAACAUAUAAUGCUAAUAAACAAAUUAAUAUAAUUUUUCAGAAUAAAACUUUAUAAGAGGUCAUCUUAAUCAACAAAUGAUUCUGUCAUCCAUUGCUCCAAACAUUUUAUUUUAUCUUCACAAUGAAUUUACUAACCUUUAAAAAUAUGCUAAUCUGAGGAUCCAAGAACACAGAAAUUUUCAACAGUAAAAGUCUUCAGUUCUAUUUGUGCAUCAGUAGCUUCAUUAAGACAGUGUGGAAGUCAUAAUUUUUAUAAGAGUCCACAUUUUCCUCCCAGUAACAUAAGGAACCAACAUUUUUGGUGGUUUUUUUUUUAAAAAUCCAGCUCUUUUCCCAGGUUUGCAGUGUGUUUGUGUUGGAAACUGAAAGGAAGUUCAUUGUAUCUCUCGCUGAUGGACUUGGACUGCUCAAAGAAAUAAAAGAUUGACUUUUUAUGUUAGUGAUAAUGUACUUUAUCAAACUUUUUUAUGAUGUGUAAAUGUAUAAAUUUUGCCAGUUUAAAAAUGAUGGAAUUUAUAUUCAUAUUGCUUAUAUAAUGUAAACAAUUCAAAUCAAAAUUGUAUGGGAAAUAUAAAAGUGAAUUAGUUUGUGACAGGUGCAUUUUGCAACAUUAAAAAAAUCAGACUAAUUUCCACAGAUGUUGAAAGAAGCAGCUUUGUUUCCAUUUGAUUCACAAGGAAUUGAAGUAAAACAGGCUCUGUUUAUUGAAAGGUGCAACACAGAAACUGUCCCUUCAGCCCAUCUAGCCCGUACCAAACCAUUUAAACUACCUCUUCCUGUAGACCUGCACCAGGACCAUAGUCCUCCAUACCCCUACCAUCCAUGUGCCUAUCAAAACUUCUCUUCAAAUUUGAAAUUAAGCUUGCAUGCACCUGUUGCACUUGCAGCUCGUUCCACACUCUCACAAUCCUCUGAAUGAUGAAGUCUCCCCUCAUGUUCCCUUUAAACUUUUCAUCUUUUAUUCUUAACCCAUGUAACUCUGAUUGUAGUCCCACCCAACCUCAGUGAAAAAGCCUGCUUGCAUUUACGCUAUAUUAACCCCUUAUAACUGUGUAUGCCUCUAACAAAUCUCCACCCCCCCCCACCCCAAGUCUUUUACAUUUCAAGGAAUAUAGUCCUAACCUAUUCAAUCUUUCCUUACAACUCCGGUCCUCCAGUCCGAGCAACAUCCUUGUAAAUUUUCUCUGUACUCUUUCAACCUUAUUUACAUCUUUACAUCUUUUGAAUAAACAAUAAAAAUAAUUUUUGUGAUUAUUUUGCAUAAUGCAGCAUGAUUUCACAGAUCAAAAGCCACAUAAGGAAUUCAAGGUUUGCACUUAUCAUUUAACUUCAGAAACUUGAUUGUGUUAAAUUCUUAAAAUCCCCAGUUCUUCUGAUCUCUUGAAACCAUUUUGUAUAUGCUGCAUAUUUAAAUUGAGGGCACUCUGAGAUAACCCAAAAUACUACUAUGGGAUAAUUCAACAAUUUUAAAUAGCUUACUGAUGUUUAACAAUGCUCAAAACCACUCUGGCACAAUCCCAGGUUCUUGGUGCCUUCAUGAGAAUUAUGUACUAGUAUUCUCCAAGUCCAAAACAAGAAAAGGGAUGUAUAAAGAUAUAACAAUUCACAAAACAAGACAUCAGUAUUUCAAUACCUUUGCCGAUGACAUUAAGUGAGCUACUUGGAAGAUAUUUGGUUAUAGCUUGAGCCAGUGCAGGUUGAAAGAUCCCAAAGUUUUGAGACAUCUUGAACUGAUUUUCUUUUAACUCAAGGCAAUAAUUUUGGAGAGUUGCUCCGAAAAUAGGUGAUGGUAAAUCAAGUUGGACCAUCAGCUGCAAUUUAUUAUUUGUUCCUAUGCUUCAAAUUAUAUGGUUCAUGGAUACUCGACAUUCGUCUCUUACCUUUCAUUUUCUCAUUUGGUUAAGUUGCAAUGAAUAGUUUUAGUUAAAAUCAAAGUACAAUGAAUGUAUUGACAAUAUUACUGCAUGGUAGCAUACUGUACAUAUUUUUCUAGAACAAUGUCUGUAUUUUUCAUAGUUAAAAUAUUUGACCAUUUGUGAGAUUGAAAUCAAAAGUAUAUACAGCAUAUGUGAUCAUGUUUGUGCACUGCUCCUUAGGAAGGAUUGUUUAAUCUUGCUUGUUGCAGUUUUAUGUUGUAAUUAAAGAACUGAAGACUUAAAAUGUUAAACUACAGUAUUAAUAAAUCAAUUUUGUACAGAA